AUGCCGACUCUACAGUCUUUGGCGGUACCAUUUGGCUGCGUGCAAGGCUAUGCCCCUGGCGGUAUUCCGGCGUACAGUAACAAGCAUGAAUCGUACUUUUCUGGGGAGCGAAGCAUUGAUGGAAAUUUGUUUUGUGGGUUCAAGUACCAGUGCGUGGAGUUUGCGCGCCGAUGGUUGUUUGAGCGUAAGUCUUUGGUUCUUCCCGAUGUUGACUGGGCUGUGCACAUUUUUAAUUUAAAGGAGGUUUCGGAUGCGCGCACGGGAAAACCUGUUCGUUGCGUGGCGAUUCGUAAUGGUACCGCGGCGAAACCCGUGGUCGACUCGCUUCUUAUUUACCCUUCCGACGAUUAUAGCCCAGUGGGCCAUGUCGCUGCCAUUACGGAGGUUGGGGACAAGUGGGUGCGCAUUGCCGAUCAAAACCAUCGGUUUCACAAGUGGGAUGCUAAUUAUGCGGCGGAGCUGCCGCUGAUUCACGAGAAGGGCGUCUGGACGAUUUUGGAUCCGUUGGAGGAUGAAGUGCUGAAGCCUCUCGGGUGGGUGACGUUCCCGGAUACACCCGAUCGCAACCCGAAUGAACCGCUGGUUCUACACGAGUCGCUUCACUUCAAACGGGGGGAACUGCCAACGCUGCGUCGUCUGACAUUUACACCAACUUCGCGGGAAAAGGAUUGGCUGGAUCUCACGAAUGAAGCCGAGGCGUACUUCGCGGAUGUCUGUGGUAUCGAUGUGAAGAAUCCGAAAUUGGAAAAAGCCAGUUACUAUCAGAUGAACCGGGAACUUUAUUUGGACUGCGCCAAAUACGGCAAUCAACUUCAUCAAAUGUUUUUGGAGGCCACCAAGUUCGUUCUUGGAAGUGACGAACUGCUAAGGCUUUUUUGUAUUCCAGAGGAGUACUGGCCGCGUCUUCGACAUUCAUGGGAGACACAACCGCAUGCCAUCACGGGACGCUUUGAUUUUGCCUUUGAUGAGGAUACGCAGCAAUUUAAGUGCUUUGAGUACAAUGCUGAUAGCGCCUCAACACUGCUGGAGUGCGGCGUUAUUCAACAAAAGUGGGCGAGAUCGGUUGGUCUCGAUGACGGGACGACGUACAGUUCUGGGAGUUUGGUUUCCUCACGACUGCAAUUGGCAUGGGAAAUGGCAGAAGUCACCGGACGUGUACACUUCCUCAUCGACAAUGAUGAUGAGGAGCAUUACACCGCCUUGUAUGUUAUGCAGCACGCUUCUGCGGCAGGAUUGGAGACAAAACUGUGCGUUCUUUUCGAUGAAUUUCAUUUUGAUGAGAAUGGCGUCGUUGUGGACUCCGAUGGCGUCGCCGUCACAACGGUGUGGAAGACAUGGAUGUGGGAGACUGCCAUCGCGGAUCAUCAGAAGGCCCGGGUGCAGCGCGGGAAUGAUUGGCGGCCAACGCCAAAGGAUGAGGUUCGGCUUUGUGACAUUCUUCUUGGGCCGAACUGGGACUUGCGUGUGUUUGAGCCCAUGUGGAAAAUUAUUCCCAGCAACAAGGCUAUCCUUCCCAUUAUUUACAACAAGCACCCAGACCAUCCAGCGUUGCUGCGGGCCAGCUAUGAACUCACGGUUGAGCUGCAGCGCACCGGUUACGUGAGGAAGCCCAUCGUUGGUCGUGUCGGUCGAAAUGUCACCGUCACAGAGGCAUCUGGUGACAUUGCCGCGAAAUCGGAUGGAGAUUUUUCGGACCGCGACAUGGUUUACCAAGAGCUUUUUCGCCUGCCCGAGAGGGAUGGCUACUACGCCAUACUCGGCGGCUGGGUGAUUGGCGAUGUCUACUGCGGCACUGGUGUCCGCGAGGACAAGACAAUCAUUACGGGACUCGAGUCACCAUUCAGCGCCCUUCGAGUGUAUCAGGGCGCCCAGCGACGUCCACUGACCCACGAAGAUCUCGACAAGGCGGAAGCCGCGGCCGUCGGUGGUGGCUUGAAAACGUGA